AUGGGCAACGGGGUCGGGGGGCAGCACCUGGCCAUGUUCAGGACCCGGGGCCGAGGUGGCCAGGACACCCAUCUUCUUCCUCAGUGCACCCGCCUGACCACAGAGGGACAGGCCGUGGAGAAGCGCCCCGCCGCGCCGGGCUACCGCUGCCCCGAGCCGCAGUGCGCGCUGGCCUUCGCCAAGAAGCACCAGCUCAAGGUGCACCUGCUGACGCACGGCGGCCUGCAGGCCCGGAGGCCCUUCAAGUGCCCGCUGGACGGCUGCGGCUGGGCCUUCACCACCUCCUUCAAACUCAAGCGGCACCUGCAGUCGCACGACAAGCUGCGGCCCUUCCUCUGCCCGGUGGGCGGCUGCGGCAAGAAGUUCACCACCGUCUACAACCUCAGGGCGCACAUGAAGGGCCACGAGCAGGAGAGCCUGUUCAAGUGCGAGGUGUGCGCCGAGCGCUUCCCCACGCACGCCAAGCUCAGCUCCCACCAGCGCAGCCACUUCGAGCCUGAGCGCCCGUACAAGUGUGAUUUUCCCGGCUGCGAGAAGACCUUUAUCACAGUGAGCGCCCUGUUCUCCCACAACCGCGCCCACUUCAGGGAGCAGGAGCUCUUCUCGUGUUCCUUUCCCGGAUGCAGCAAACAGUACGACAAGGCCUGUCGGCUGAAAAUCCACCUGCGCAGUCACACGGGCGAAAGACCGUUCGUCUGUGACUCCGACAGCUGCGGCUGGACCUUCACCAGCAUGUCCAAACUUCUGAGGCACAAAAGGAAGCAUGACGAUGACCGGAGGUUCACCUGCCCCGUGGAAGGCUGCGGGAAGUCCUUUACCAGGGCAGAGCACCUGAAAGGCCACAGCAUCACCCACCUGGGCACCAAGCCUUUCGAGUGUCCCGUGGAAGGGUGCUGUGCUCGGUUCUCUGCUCGCAGCAGUCUCUACAUCCAUUCGAAGAAGCACCUGCAGGACGUGGCUGCUCCGAAGAGCCGGUGCCCCGUCUCCAGCUGUGCCAGGCUCUUCGCCUCCAAGCACAGCAUGAAGGCGCACGUGGUCCGGCAGCACAGCCGGCGCCAAGAUGUCUUACCUCAGCUGGAAGCCCCAAGCUCGCUCACGCCCAGCAGCGAACUGGGCAGCCCGGGCCAGAGCGAGCUCGCCAACAUAGACCUGGCUGCACUCUUCGACACCCCCGCUGGCGGCAGCGUCCCCGUGGCCGGCUCGGAGGAGGCGCUGAGCUCCGGCAUCCUGACUGUAGACGUCUCUUCUGUGCGCUCCUCUCUGGGAGGGAGCCUCCCUGCUGCUACUGGCUCCGUGGGGUCCAUGGACCCCCUGGUGCUUGUGGCCCACAGUGACAUUCCUCCAGGCCUGGACGGCCCCCUCGUUCUCAGCACAGCGGCUGCAGCUCUCCAGCAGGGCAGCUUCAGCACAGACGGCAUUCCCACUGUGAGCGCAGGCUCCUUCGGCUGCCUGGUGGCUCUGCCUGUGAAGGACCUGGGCCAGGACCCGCCCGCUCUGGCCUCCAGUGGCACGUUGACAGCACACUUUGUCACUCCAACCUCGAGCAGCCCCCGGGAAGAUGUCGGUGUCCCUGAACCACUGGCUCCCAUCGAGGUGGGCCGGGAUGUGCCUCCUGGCCCCGAGGUGGUCGGGCGGCAGGAAGGCGUCCUCGGGCUGCCCCGGUCUGGACUCCUCGGCCCAGCAGAGGGACCAGGCACUCAGCAGGACGCAGAGCUGAGCGUGGACGCCGACGGCCUCUACCUGCUGUGUGAAGUUGGGCCCGCGUGCUUCUCAGAGUUCAAGUGGUGUGUGGUGGAUGGGUUCCAGGAAAGUGGGGGCUCAGCGAGAACUGAUUACCGGUGUGUCCAGCUAGCCGAGAACAAAAAGCAGAAAGAGACGGGGAGCGCUGCAGGUGAGGCCGUGUGUGCUGCAGGGCUGGCCAGGCCACGUGCUCGCAUCACGCCAUGGGCAGAGGCGCACAGAGCCGAGCUUCUGGGCUCUUUGUCCUGCUCCGGUACCCGCGUGCCCUUCCAUCGGGCAGUUAGGAGAAGCAGGACCUGGAGAAGUCCCCAUGACAGGGUCACGUCUAUCUAGAGGGGCCCUGAGCCAGAGACCCCCAACGCCAGUGUGGGCUGCCUGGGAGGCCACCUGGGGAGACAGCAAAGCAGGCUUGGUCUUCACGGCCCAGCCCUGACCUCACCAUGGUAGAGACGCUGGGGAUGGGCACCACUUCCCUGAGGGCUGCAGUUCCCAGGAGCUGUUAGGUCCUUCGGCAUCAAGGCCCCCCCAGUUAAGAAUUAAUGUCGAAACCCUAUCUGUAAAUGGCAGCCACCAUUUGGAUUUUUUUAGUAACACUGCACGAACCAGCCAAGACCUAGUCACCCUGAAAUGGAAUCAGGGACACAGUGCUUAAAGGAAACUGGUAGAUCUUCUUGUAAAAGGAGCGGUGACUUCUUUAAUAUGUUAUUUUUGUGUAUUUCAUUUAUCUUUUAUAUUUAUUUUAAAUAUUUAAAAAAUACCAAGUGGUAUCAGCAGAUGGUGUA